AUGUCGCAGCCAGAGCAACAGCAAAAGCAAAAAAGACAAAAGACUGCAAUCAAUGAGUAUACAGGGUUUAUUAUUGACUCAUCAGCACAAGCAGUUGACACCAUUAAUACUAAGGAUAUCACUGCUCAACAUUUUUUUGAUGAAUACAUUAAGCCAAGAAAGCCUGUGAAACUUGUGGGUGAGGGAGUAGUACCAUUGGAGAAAUUCAAGUUUGACAAGAUCCUACAGACCUUGGGGCAUGAUGAGAAAGAUAAAGAAGAUGGAGAAAAUAGAGAAGACGAGGACGAGGACGAGGACGAAGACGAGGACGAGGAGAAAUUGCAAGUAGAGAGGCUAUACGAUGGCGGAUUUGGAUCGGGGCAGAAGAGAGUGCAUAUGACAAUGAAAGAAUUGAUGGAGAAACUAGGUGAUAACACCGAGGAGAGCUAUUAUUUGACCACACAGUAUAAGGAGCAUGAUAUUGAAGGUGUAGAUGAGACUCAAUGGGUAGAUAGCGAGGAAAAUGAAGAUGAAGAUGGAGAUGGAGAUGAAGAAGAGAAUGUCGAUGUGGAAAAGGAGAAAGAGGAGGACAAGGAAAAGGCAUUUGAUGCAGGCUCCGAGCUUGACGGAUUUUCCGAAACAGACUCCAUCAACAUGAACGAUUUGCAUGAUGAUUAUGACGAUUUUGACAAUUUGGAGGAUGAUGAUGAUAAGGAUGACAAGGAACUGUCACCAUCUACUGAAUUGUGUCUAGAAGAAGCUCUUGAACGUGUAAAGGAACUAUAUCAACCUCCGCUUUCAAAGUUGGUCAAUGAUGCCACAACUUUACUACUAAACCCAUCAUUCAUUCCCAAAUUAAUCCCGCAACAAAUUAAUCUUUGGAUGGGUAAAACCAAGCCAUUGCAUAAAUUUCAUAUAGACAAGUCCUCAAAACCACUCACGCAUAUGGAUAGACUGAUUCCCAAAGGAUCGAGCUCUGGUUUACAUCACGAUCAUGCAGAUAAUCUAUAUAUUCUAGUUCAGGGCCGCAAGAGAUUUACUAUAUAUAGUCCUGCAGAUGCUUUAAAGUUGUAUACCUGUGGCAAAAUUUACAAGAUUUUCCACAAUGGAAUGAUUGAUUAUGAACAAGGCGAAAAUGGCUGGAUGAGCAUACGUGAUGACGGGGCUAUUAUUGAGGAUGUUUUGAGAUGGAAGGCUGAACAUCAAGAAGAAGCUGAAGAAGAAGAAGAAGAAGAAGAGAAAAGAGAAAAGGAGUUGGAAAAGAUUCUUGCAAAGUCAUUGGAAAAAGAGAGUGGAAAAGUGCACAAGAGCAAUGGGGGCGAGGAGCAAUUUGGAGCAGAUAGUGCCAAAAAAGAAGAUCCACCAAGUUUCUCGAAAGUGCCGCCUGCUUUACUACACUUGGAUGAAAUGGACUUAGAAACGCGAAUUCGGGUUGAGCAAUUUGCCGAGACCUAUUUUCCUGGUGUAUUACAAUUGAACAAGAUGGAAGUAUGGUUAGACCCUGGUGAGAUGUUGUAUUUACCAGCUGGUUGGUUCCAUGAAGUAUCUAGCUUUGGCAGUGGAAGUGGAAGUGGAAGUGGAAGUGAUGAAAAGAGUCAAACCCCAGGGGAUGACGUGCAUAUUGCACUCAAUUAUUGGUUUAUACCGCCAAAUGGCGACUCAUUUGAAAAGAGCUAUAAAGAUGGUUAUUGGAGUGAUGAUUGGAAGGUUACCAAAGAGGCCCUUGAACUUGUGCAAAAAGAGGAAAGGAAAUACUAG